AUGGGCAUGGGCAUGGGCAUGGGCAUGGGCAUGCCAUUCGGUUCCUUGUCAGGCAACCUGCCAGCACAAUUUGCAUCCCCUCAGCAUGGGGGAUUGCAGUUGCAACCAGGGCAGCUGUCUAACCAGCUCCAAUCCAAUCUGCCCUCUACUCAGAAGAUGCAUGGAAGCGGGCAUCUGCUACAGACUCGUCCGCUAUUGCAGCCCGGGCAGCUCUUUCAGCAACAGCAGCAGCAACAGCAGCAGCAGCAGCAGCAGCAACAGGGAUUCGCUCCCACUAAUUCCUUGCUGGGACAGCCUUCCAUGCUCAGUAUGUUUGGUUCGGGUACACUACUUCAAAUGCAGGGGUCAGCCCCUUCAUUCCUCGCACUCUGUAAAUAUCAUGGCCUCUCCGAGCCAACAGAUGCAAAUGCAGAUUGGGUGACUGAGAAUAUCUUUGAAGGGCUUGGCUGCAUCUCUUUCGCAAGCGCAAUUUCCUCCCCCGACGAUGCAAGUAUGUCAGAGGGGCUUCAUCACACUAUGAGUGGAAAUCUGCUUGGAAUCCCAGGGAUGGGACUCACCCAGUCAAUAUCAAGCCUCUCAGGGAUGCCACAGAUCAAGUCUUCCGGCAGCAGUGCUCAGAUCGAUCCGGAACUUCUUUUCUCGCAUCAUCAUCAGCAGCAGCAGCACUUGCAGCAACUCCAACAACAUUCGCAGAUGCAUCAGUUGCCUAACUCGACUCAGCAAAACCAGAUGGGCUUGCCCGGAAAUUCACACGGUCUGAGGACUCAAGCAUCAAGCCAGCCUGCUCCUACUCAGACGGGGAAUUCACAGCUGAUUCAGAUGCAUCAGCUUCAACAACAGGUGCCAGUGGCUAUGAUGGAUCAACAGGGUGCAGGAGAUUCAAAGUUCGGUGGGGGAGACGCUGGGCUCGAGCGCUAA